AUGGCGGCUUUACCCAAGAGAAUCAUCAAAGAAACAGAACGGUUAGUCAGUGAUCCCGUUCCUGGCAUUGUGGCCACUCCUUCCGAAGACAACUUGCGCUACUUCGAGGUGACCAUUGACGGCCCCAAUUCCUCACCUUACUCUAACGGGAAGUUCCAAUUGGAGCUCUAUUUGCCUGUGGACUACCCCAUGAGUCCUCCCAAAGUGCGUUUCCUCACUAAAAUCUACCACCCCAACAUUGAUAAGUUGGGCCGAAUCUGUCUUGAUGUGUUGAAGGAUAACUGGUCGCCGGCGCUCCAGAUCCGGACCAUUUUGUUGAGUAUCCAGGCGUUGUUAGGAGCUCCCAAUCCCGAUGAUCCCUUGGCCAAUGAUGUGGCACAGGCCUGGAAGGAAAAUGAGAAAGAGGCGAUUGCUGUAGCCAAGGAAUGGACGGAGAAGUAUGCUGCGCCAAAGGAAGCUGAAGGUGAAGAUGUGGAGAAUUCUGAGACGGCCGACUAG